CUCUCGUGUCGAACGCACCGGGAGAAUGUGAAAGUUUUAUGAAUAAUGUCUUUAAAUUUUUCUCCUGUUUUAUCUGUUGUUUUCUUAACAUUGUUAUCAUGUAUUGUGUUUGGUUUUAAAACAACGCUGUUUUUAUAUAUUUUGACUGUUUUAUGCGUGUUUUUAUUGGUCGAGGGUAGAGAAUGGACCGGUCUUCUUCCGGUAAGACUUUCAGAGCACCUGGAACCGGCCGCUGAACAGAUCAGACUGAGCACAAGAUAUAUCAGCACUGUUCUUCAUAAACCUUUAUUCAGAUACAAAAGUCCAAACAUGUUUGACAGUUGGAAUCCCUUGCAAUGGUUGUGGAAGGGAAAAGAUGGCCAAACAUCAGGAUCGCGACAAGUGACCAGAUCAAAGUUUGCCAGGCGAACAAAAAAUUCAAAAUUUGGACAGAGUAGUAAGCAAAAAGAAAGAUCUAACGCACUGAAUUCACCAGCCCCAAUAUCUGUGUCAUCUCCUAAAUCGCCGAAGAGGGGUCUAAGCGGAAAUGUAUCAACUGGAGAUUUAAAUACAAGUGUGUCAGUGUUGAACGCAUCUGGUCCAUUGCUGUCUACCCCAUUGAUGCCCAUGAUUAAAAGAGCUGUAGGAAACACUUCUGGACAUAAUGACACCUUCAGCCCUGAUGUGAAUUCCCCACUAGCUAGUGGCAGUCGAAGCCGACCAGUCAGACGAGCCAACACGUUCCACUUCACGCCAACACAUCCUGUAGAUUCAUCGCCUGGAGUGCUGCCAUGGGUACGCUUUGGCAGGAGAGAUCGACAUUCCCUGUAUAAAGCUGACAUCAAUUCCUUCAAACACCAAAACACUGUACGGGUAGCUCCACCUGAUCCAUACAGAGUUAUCUCCCCAAGUGUAAUGCCAUUGAAAGAGAGAUCUGACAACACACCAAAGCCAGUGGACACGCAAGCUGUGGUCAAUGCACUCCGGGAAAGAAGGAAAAGAUCACUUGUUGUUGCAGUAGAAGAAGACACACUUUUUGAAGAGUCAGGUCAACAUGCCAAGAGAAGGCGGCAGGAAAGUAGCCAGUCCACAGCUUCCUCUGCAUCCCUGCCUCCCAUGCCGGAUCACCUCCCUGACUUAUCAGACAAGAAUGUGAUGAUGCAGCUGGAUGAGGUCAGUCUGAAGCGGCCAUCAGCUCCAAGCAGGGAGGCCAUGGAGGAGGCAGAGCAGGAUGUCAGCCUCGCCAAGCGACAGAAGAACACUCGCAACAACCCCAUUACCAGCUCACUCAGCUCCAGCAGGAAGAUUCUAAUCAGGGAGAGAAUUGAAGCGAAGAGUAAGACUCCCCUGUCCCAUCUAGAUGCAGAAUUUCCACAGACCAAGCGGCGAGCUCCUGACCAGUCGCCUGCCCCCACAAAUGAUGUCCCUCAAUCAGAUGAAGGAGAUUCUAUCAUGAUUCCAGAGUGUGAAGAAACUAGGCCUGAAGCAUCCACAACUGAAACUGUCAAUAAAGACAAGUCAUCUACACCAUCAAGUAAGACAUCAACACCCAACAGGAGACUGCAGCUGGAUGGUGUACACAAGCCAACAAGACGUCGGAACCUGUCCCUGUACCCAGGCUUGAAUACUUCAUUUGCUGGGGUGCCGGUGGCGCGAGUGUCAGCUACAGCAGAAGACUACGAGGCAGACAGGGAAGCUGAACGGCAGAGAGUGCAGGACAUGUUGGAGGAUGCUGAGACGUCCAGCAAACAGAAGAGCAGGCCAGGUGCUGAUGUGUUGAAAUCUGCUGCCACUCCUUCAAGUACCAGCCAGACAGUGACCACUACCAGCACCACCUCAUCUCAGCAGACAGGCAUAAGCACCACUUCAUCACUCCUGUCUCCCCCCUCUGAAACAAAGACUCUAACUGCAGUCAGCAAGACACCAACCUUAUCUUCCAUCUCUGCCACCAACCCUCUGUUGAACUCCAAGCCAACCUCCACCACUAAUCCUCUCUUAAACACCAAACCGACCCCAACUACAAACCCUUUGUUGAGCACCAGACCGACAGCCACCACAACAGCCGCCCAGCUGGACCUAACCUUCAAGCCCAUCUUUGGUACAGUUGCCACAGGAUCAUCAACAGCAAGCACCUCUACAACAGCGUCAGUGACAACCCCAGUGUCAUCCACCACUAUUUCAGGCUUCAACCCCAUCUUCCCACAAGCAGCAUCAACAGCUUUAUGUACAGGAACAUCUACAACAAUGACUAACCUUGUUGUGCCGACUCCAUCAACUAAAACAGACUCUGGCAGGACUGGUUUAUCAGCAGCUCAGGCUAUGUUCAACACGUUCAAUUCACCUGCCAAUCCCCCACCACCGUACCCAGGCACAACUCAAGUUGGGAAUGCCCCUGUCAACUUCUCCAGUGCUCCAGCUAAGCCAAGCUCUCAAGUGAUCGGCAUCUUACCCCUGUCUACCAGUACACCCAAGCCUCCAGUACAGCCUGGGUUCUCUUUAACUGGACCCACUGCUCUGCAGUUUGGGCAGUCAUCAGCUCCUGCAACAACGAGUGCAGCAUCGUCAGUCCAAACAGGAUCUGCUGGGCCACCGGCACCUACAUUUUCCUUUGGUCAACAACCAGCAGCAACUACCACGAAUGUUGGAUUUGGAGGAAGUAGUUCUGUACCCGCGACCACAAAAGGCACCACAGCAGGACAGACAAUUGGACUUUCAACUCCAGCUAAGAAUUUGUUUGGAGCAACUACAGCAGCGCCAUCCACUGCAUCAAGUAUGCUAGGGUUUGGGCAGUCUGUCACAGGCUCUUCAGCAGCUAAUCAAUUUGGGCAGAAUACAGCUGUGUCCACAGUUUCUGGUGGGUUUCCGUCUACUGCGUUUCAGAUGGGAUUGACGUCAACAACACAAGCGAAGACAUCUGCAGGUCCUGGGUUGUUCAACUUCGGUGCGACUCCUGCAGCUGGGACAGCAUCUUCCUUUGGCAACACCAGCAACACCGCGCUAGGGGUGGGAAGCACAACAUCUUCAGUGUUUGGAUCUGGGGGCAAUUCCGCAUCAGCCUUUGGAACGGGAACAAGUGCAACAUCGGCCUUUGGUUCAGGAACCAAUGCAACAUCACCCUUUGGAACGGGUACUAGUGCAACACCUGCCUUUGGAACAGGAACAACUGCAACAUCAGCCUUCGGUUCAGGAACUAAUGCAGCGUCGGCAUUUGGCUCAGGAACAAGUGCAACAUCGGCCUUUGGUUUAGGAACUAGUGGUACAGCAGCCUUUGGUUCUGGAAACAGUUCUGCACCAGGUUUUGGCACUGGAUCUGCUCCAGCCUUUGGGUCUGCAACAGGAACAGCUGCUUCUGCAUUUGGGACAAGCUCUGGGAGUGCUGCAUUUGGCUCGAGCACUGGGCCAUCUGCACCAGGGUUUGGAGCUGGUGCAAGCACAACAAAACAGAGCAGUACAGGGUCAAGUACAUUCUCAUUUGGUAACACUUCCACUCCUUCACAACCAGCUUUCGGGUCCAGUCAGACAGCCUCUACAUCUUCAGUGUUCGGGGCACCUGGUGGGAGUCAAGACCAGAAACAGACAAGUGUGUUUGGUGCAUCCACAACUCAAGCAGGGUUCAAUUUUGGAUCAACAUCGAGUGCGUUUUCCUCAGGUUCUCAGCCUGGUUUUGGACAGUCAUCGUCAGGGUUUGGAGGCACAACUACUCCCAGUAAAAGUAACACUCCAGGCACAUUUCAGUUUGGACAGACAAGUCAGCCAAGUACAGGGGAAAACAAGGGAUUUAACUUCAAUGCAUCCUUCACAGGGACUCCACAAGUAAACUUUGGAACCCCCUCAACUCCCAACACUUCUUUUGCCUCUCCAUCCAACAUGUUCAGUGUGUCAGGUGCAGCGGGGGUGCCUCCCAAGCCGCGGGUCGCUACUCGCGGACGAAGGAGAGGUGCCAGGAGGUGAGAGCGACACCCAGCAGCCAACUCAACAAACAUGUGAGGGACAGGACCAUGUCUCUCUACCACUCAACAUUUCCAGCUGACUCGGUUGUGACUUCAACUCUUCUGCUGUUAACGAAGACAGAGUUUGUAAGGAGUCAGUUUGUCAGUUCAGGAUAUCUACAACAUGACUUGGGUCUCCUCAAGAUGCAGUGUUACAAAAGAUGAUGAUGUAAUGGUAACAGUUUUGCAAUAUAUGACUGAAGCCAGCAAGUGAGGAGUCAGCAUGUAAGGUUGGAUCCAAACCCUCAGAAAAGAGGUGUUCUACUCUUUGAUGCAUAUGAUAGACAUGCAUAUUAAUAUCAGGGGAACUGAGCAGGAUAUUCUACUCCUUCCUCAUCGCUAGGAUGUGCAUGAUACACAUGCAGGUUGUGAGUCGGGGUAAUUCAGCGAGAUGUGUUGCAUAUUUUCUCGUAGCAGUAGCAGGGAUACAGAAGGUUGUCUUACAAAACGUUAAUGGGACAUUAUGCAAGUUUUUACAACACAAACAAAAUAACCAACACAUAGGACAACCGAACCUGUUCAAUGAAACUGCAGGUAGAACUUGUGGCAGGUCCUCGGUCACAACAAAUACAUAUUGGAUGUUGAAUGUGUAACCAUGGUAACAGUGGCUGCAGUGGCUUACAGUGAAAAGAGUAAACAACUGCUGCUUCCUUCAGCACUUUGCCCAGUCAUCUAUCCUGGGUAUUUCUGUUAUCUGGUUGUGCUUCUUGUUAGGAAUAAACUGGGAUGUAACUAAACCUGAAACAUUUGCUUGUCUGAACAGUUAUGACAUGAGGACACCCGCUAAAAACCUGAAAUUCUUCUCACCCAAUGGAUACCUUUGACACCAGACAAACUGACUCAGGCUAGCGGGGCAGUUGCAUCCCUGAUGAACGAUGCAUAGCCUGAUCUGACAUGCCACCCCAUUUCAUUUUUUGAGGUAUUUCAAUGAAGACUUGAUUUUAUUCUCGAAAAUGUUUGUUUAAAAGGUUUACUUGGAUUAUCGGUUAGUCUACCUCAAGGUUUUGAAAGACUGUGCAUUUAAUUUCCAUACUUUACCAAAGUUAUCAAUCAUUGAUUAUGAAGCAUGGUAAUAUAGUUACAAUAUCAUCUGAUUAAUGUGGUCAUGAACAGCUUUUCAUUUUCCGUGGUAUAAUUGUUUGCCAACAAAGAGAUGAAAGGGGGCAUAAUAUUAAAACUGUUGUUAUUUCCUUCAUAGCACUAGAUUUAUUUUACUUUUCACAAUACUCCAGCAUCAGAACACAUUCAGAUACCAGGACUGCUGGAAGUGGUGAUAUUGUUCUCAUUAAGUUUGACACUGCCAAUUUUACAAAAGGAAUGGUAUUUCCUUUUUCACCUAUCACAUGAUGGAUAUUGUAUGCUGGAUAUACUGAGGUAGUGUCAUUAUUUCUGUAAGGAGUUGUUUCAUCAACAGAGAACUAAAAACAAUUCAUCUGUAUUACGUAUUGUAUAAUAUUACGUUACUUAGUUUGAGUUAAGAGAAUAUUUAUAAGGUUUAUUUGUCACAAAGUAUGAAUCAUGUUGAAUAAUAAAUUCUGUCUUCAAAUUCUGUAUCUUGACAAUACAAUGAAUCAGAUUCUUGUGAAUGUCUCAAAAACUGAAUUGCCUUGUCUCUGUGCAUUAAAGGGUUGGGUACACGUGCAUUAUACCGGAUACCUGAUACAUAUUGGUUGGAUCCCUUACCAGGGAUAUAUUGCUUAUAAAGCAACAUGAGAAAAAUAGAGUGAUAAACUGAUAUAGCCACAAAACUGAAUAUGAAAGCAAUUACUUAAAAUCAACAUGGAAAUACUAAGGGCAUGCAGCAACCUCAUCAGUUAAACCAUCAAGAUUGGUAUUGUUUAUUGACUUUGGUAGUUCAUUAGUUAAGUAAUUAUUACAGCAAGCCCCUAAACCCCUUGUUUUAGUGAGACUGCUGAAGGUGGCAGGUGAAAUAUUUAGAAACCAUCACAAGGGAAGAAGCUUGUGGACAUCCCUAACCAAAAUGGAGGAAGGUGUCUGGUAUACUGCAAUCCAGCCUUGUAGUGGUUCAUUGGUCUGCUUCACCUCAACCAGGCCCAUCAUGUUCUCGGACGACAAGAAGCAGUUGGUUCACCAAUAGUCUGUAUUCACCAUUCAUUUAAUCAAUUAUGAUAUAUUCAUCCCACUGACUCCACUACACUUUGCCUCACGUCAAGAUGCUACAAAAUGUGCUACAACCGAAGAAAAUUACUAUGUGUGUUUACUUGAUAAAACAUGUCUUCCCACAAACAGUUUUUGCUUCAUGUGAAUCACAUCCAUCAACGAUUUAUAAAUACAGAUAACCUGAAAGGUUUUAUAAAAUCAAAAGGCCUCCCUCCAUUUUUACAAUUUGAAUGAAAAUCAGAUAAUUAAUUUAUUGUGGCCUUUAAUCUUUCAGAAUGUUUGUAAUAUGUUCAGUUGAAUAUUGUACCAUGUUUUGUUAUUUUAUGUGAAUUCUUCUAAUUUGUUUCCUUGUGAUGUCUGUUCCAGUGUAUAUAAAACUAGAUCCUCACAGAUCAUGACAGAAUAUAUCACUAGAGUUACAUACUCGCAUAAACACUCAUAUUCCAGUGGGAAAUGAGAAAAAGCCUGUUUAUUUAGUGUUGACAAAUCAAAUAAAUCUUUAUUUAUUCCUGAACGUUUAGCAUGGUUAAGAUUGUUGUACGUCACUGUACAUACUGGGAAUGUAAGUGUAUGUGAGUAUGUUGCUCUUUCUGUCAACGUGCAUAUAUAAUUGUAAUAUAUGACCUUCACCUUGGUAUCUGUGGAUGUGGCAUUGUAAUAAUCUGUAUUCGCCAUUUCUAAUGUGACCUUCACCUUGGUAUCAGUUUGUGGGUAUACUAUGGUCACUGUAUUGCCACUUCCAAUAUCAGCUGUAACCUUGCCCUUCAACACAGCAGAUGUGACCCAGGUUAUUCUGUAUUAAGGGGCAUUCAGAUGCGUUGUUCUGGUGUCCUUUUGGUAAAACUAAUGUUAAGUUUUGUAUUUGUCUUUCAAUUUCAGCCUACCAUGAAUAUUCAAAUGGAUACCAAAAACAGGUUUUGAAUAUUCUCUUUGUGGAAAUAUGUCUUCUGGAAAUAUCAUUCGAUCAUGUCCAUUGUCACAGUAAAGUUUGAUAGUCCAUUGAAACCUUGAUAAUCUGUCCCAGUAAAGAUCCAGGAUGGAAUUGGCAUUCAUCAAUCUGUGGUGUCGUGUAAUUAACGGAUCGGUGGUCAGACUCACUAAUUUAGUUGCUGCAUGUCACCAUAUCCCAACAACAUAGAUUGCUGCUCAUGACAUCAGUCACUGGAUUGGCUGGCUCACACUCGAUUAUUUACAGACUGUUGUCAUAAAGUUUGAAUGCAGCAUUAAAAAACUUGAUAAUCUGGACCCUGUUAAUCCAAACGCCCAACUUUCUCGACAAUUAUUUUUGAGAAUGCCCAUGUGAAUCUAAAGGGUUAUUACAGUAUAUUCAUUAAUCCUUAAAUCUGCCAACCCGAUGAACUUACCCGCAAACAAUGUCAUCUGGAUUAUCGAGGUUUCACUGAAACAGUACUAGUUGAAUGUUGCCCUGAUGGAUGUAGGUUCCUAUUUUACAGAAAAGUUAGUCGACCCUAAAUUUUUCCCAAACACAAGCUUAAAAAAAUCUGGAAAACUAAUUUGGUCUGGAUGAAGGGUGUUUGAAACUGUUAACAACACUUAUUUCUACACUUUGUAAAUGUGUUAUAGUUUGUAGUGCUAAUUUACAAUACAGGAUAUGUGUCAACUUUUUUCUAAACAAAAUUCAUUGAUUGAUUGUUGAGAUGGACAUCUGUUAUAUGUAGUGCUGUGUCCUGCCGGUCCCAGUUAAAUGUUUAUAGAAGUGUUUCUGCACUGCACUGCACACACUGGUUACUGUACUUAGUAGAAGUGCUUGCAGAGUAGUAAGUGCUGCUCAAACUCAGGUAGUAUCAAAGUGCUAUAUUUAACUGAAUAUAAUAAUAUUACUUUAUGGGUGUUUAUUAAUAUUACGCCAUUGGAUUUGUGAGUAGAAUCUAAAGUUUAAAAUUACUAAUGGAAUUAUUAUUAUUGUUUAUUGAGUGGCACAAUGUUGUGUUCUUUUAGUUCGACAUUUUUACAACUCCUGAGACUGAGAUCAUUUACUUUCCUGCUGUCAUUGACAUGGGAGUUUGUGACUGGGAAUGAACACUUAUGCUGGGUGUACUUUUAUCAGCUGAUUUGGGAGAUGAGUACUGGGAUGAACUUUGCUGAUGUGGAAGUGAGUGACUGGACUGAAGAAAGACAUGUUGUAUUAUAUAUGUGAAAAUAAGUAUGAUAAGGGGGUAGAGAUACUGAGGUACACAUUAUUGGUACAUCUUGUACACCUGAAACAGUCCAUGUUACUUAAAGCAGAACGAUCAUGUUUAAUUAAUAUUUUCAGAAAAAAUUAUAUUUAAGUAUAACUGUUUUGAAAUGUGUUACCUUUUUUACUUCAUUUAAAGCUCAUGUAGGGUUUUAGCUCUGUGGGGAGGGGGGUGGGGAAUGGAGUGGUUGUUCGGCGAAGCGCCAGUAAAAUAUCAGAUUAACUCGCUGCGUUUACUUGCCUGGAGCCCGUCUGUAACCUGUAUGUAUCCAAUCAUGUUAUCCUUUGUAUCGUCUGCUCAUUGGGUGUAAGAUGAUCAGUGCAGAAUUGUGUGGAAAUAUGAAGAUGUGUGAUUAUUUCUGUGAAAGUGAAAAUACAAAUUUAUGUUUCAGAUAUUUAUUUUGGCACUUGUGUUUUCGAGAAAAAUGCUCAUUCAUGACGAUCUAAAUUUGUAAUAAAUUCAUACAAGUGA